CUUUUCGCAGAUCUCUGGUUCAGUAUUUCUCACUACACUUUUCUUCUUCGACUCCCAUAGCUCAUAGCUGCAUUCGACGCCUGUCGCGAGAAAAUGCGGAAGCAAAGCAGCAGAUCGAGAAAAUCAGCAGAAAGCACACAGCUAGGCAAAGGAAAAGUAACUCCGGCGCAGGUCGCCUUCAUCGUCGAUUGUUAUCUCGGCGAUAACAAUCUCUCCAAAACCCGAUAUGCCUUCCGCUCCGAAGCUCCGCAUCUCUUCUCCAAAUCACCCGCUCAAGAGUCUACGAAGGUGCUGAGCUUGGGAGAGUUGUUAGAUGAGUACAUAAGUUUGAAGGGGCAGAAAUUGGCCAUCGACCAAGAGAGGGGACAUCUGGAGCAAGAAAAACUUCGACUUCAGAACUUGCUGAAGGGAAUGCAGGAUGUUAUGAAUGCUUAUAAUGGCUCUGCUAAUCUCAACACUCCUCCUCCUCCCCUAGUCUCCCCCUCUCCAUUUCCUGCCGGUGGAUAUUCAGUGGGUAAUACACCAAAUAUGAUACAAACCAUGGUCCCAUCCACAGUUCAAACCUAUUCUUCCACACCACCUAUAGAACCCUUGCCAGCAAAAAGGAAGCGUUCCAUGUCCAAUGGUCAUUUGAUUUCUAAGAGAUCUCACAAGAGUUCAAUUAACAGCCAGCCUCCCCUUGAAGGUGAUAAGGCACUUGCCCAAGCAAGCAUUGCAGAUAAAGGUGAUGAGGAUCCUUCAAAACUGUCUGCAGUUCCAUCAUCAGCUUGUGAUACUGGUGGUAAUGGAGCAACAGCAGUCCAAGUGUCCAGUGUUGCCAAAUGCCUGUUUAACCAGUCAACUCAGUCUCCUCCAACAAAUUCUUCUGGUCCUAAGACACCUCCACAUGCAUCUUCUUCUCUUACAAAAAAGUCCAUAUCACCCGUAGAGAUUAGUUCCACUGCUACUUCUGUUGGUAAUGUGAGUACUCAGCAAAUGGUAUCAUCCAACUGCAUGAUAAUAUCUUCAGAAACAAUCCGAGUUAGCCCUUCCAAACAACCAGGGUACUAUUCUAUUGAGAGAAACCAGUGCAUAUCUACUUUGUCACCCGUUAAGACAAACAUGAAACCCAUUAUGAGGGAUCAUGUGAAAGGAAGGCUAGAUUUUGAUGCCUCUGAUGUGCCGUCUUGUUCAACAAUGGUAUUAAGUACUCCUGGUGGGACUUCAACUUCUGAAUCAGAUGGAGAGAUAUUUGACUUGGAUUUAGAUGCUCUAGGAAUGGAUUUUAAUCUCUCUGAGCUUUUGGGGGACUUUGACCUUGGUGUAGAGGGAAAUUAUUGUUCUCCCCAGCCAGACAAGAGUUCUUCAUCAGAGGCCCUCUCAGACUCGCCAAAUAAAUCAGAAGAUGCUGAUAUAGGACCCAGCCAAAUGACAUCCCAAAUAUCAUCAACAUUUGCAGAAGUCCUUGCAAAGGAUACUGGCUUAACAGAUCCAGAUACUUUCACAACCAUGAAGUCUGUCACUAAAUGUGUCAAGAUCUUAAGUCCUGUAAAGGCUUAUGGAAGCUCAAUGGGUCAGAUGAAUUGUAAUUGAUGUUUCCAAAGCCACCAGGGUUUUUUUGGGCGCUCAGAGGAUCUAUAGAAGAUGCCGAAAGUUUAUAUUUGGGUCACAUAUAUUAGUUAGGUCUAAUGCACAGAGGUUUAUUAGGCAGUGGUCACUAAAAAGGGUGAUGUAACAAACUAAGUUACUGGUAGAUGUUGAGUUUUAUGCUCAGCCACAUAACUCUUAAUUUUAUAAAUUUAGCCUUUGGAAUGCCUUUUUGCAGUUUUAUUAAAUAUCAGUUCAAAAGCUCUUAAAGGUCCUAUGUGUGCUGAAAUAAAUGUUUAAUUUCAAUAUGAUCCAAUUGAAGUUUCAUGAUCCUAAUC